AUGGAAAUAAUCGAGUAUCGUUCGGUGAUUAAGUUCCUCCACAAAAAGGGGAAAACGAAUGUGCAAAUCAAAGCUGACCUGGACGAAGUAUAUGGUGAGGCUGCACCUUCGUUAGCAACAGUAAAAUUUUGGAAAGCUGAAUUUGUUCGUGGUCGUACGAGUGUUUUUGAUGAUGAGCGUCCCGGGAGGCCAAAUGAAGUCACCACGCCGGAAAUGAUCAACAAAGUCCAUAACAUGAUUAUGGCAGAUCGUCGAAUCAAGCUCCGCGAGUUAGUAGAGGCCCUAAACAUUCCCAACGAACGCGUACACAACAUCAUUCACCACCAUUUGGACAUGAAAAAGCUAUCCGCGCGAUGGGUGCUGCGUUUGCUGACAAACGACCAAAUGCGAAAACGUGUGACCACUUCGGAGACGCUUUUGGCGAUGAUACGUACGGCGCGAUCCGAAGGAUUUUUUCGCCGAUUUAUCUUGCCAGCGACUUUUUCCUGUUUCCAAACCUAA